UCCUGCUGUUGCUGCUGCUGUCGUACGCGGGACAUAAAGAAGCGGCUGCUGUUGCUGUUGCUUGCUAUUGCUGCCACGGCACGACGUCACAGUGUGCGUAUGCGGUGGUGGUAUUGUUUUUUUUUGCAUCAUCCCUCGCUUCGUUGUUUUCUGGACUCUCUUCCCCCCUUGUAUAUACACUGUAUAUACCUCGAGACUUUACCCUUAUAAGGUGGGUAAGAAAGAGAGUUGCAAGCGGUGUAUAGAGAAAGAAAGAGAGAGAGAGAGAGAAGGGAAGCUUUGCUGGUUUGGAAGAUUUCAAGUGUGUAUUCAGCGGCCGCAGACUAGAGGCUGCCACAGCGCGAAGGGUUACUGCUACUACCACCGCUACGCUGACUACUACUAAUUCUACUACUAGUAUCGUGCAACUCUCCUUUCCCUUUUCUUCUCUUCGUCUUUUCUAUUCAUCUACACCGCACCACUGCAUCUUGGUUUUUCUUUUUUGUCUUUAUCAUCGUAUCAUCGAGUAUACGUAUGCUUCGUAAAUGUAUAUAUCUACUGCGACCGGUUGAAGAUCUAGGCUUUGCACUCAGCUACCGAGUUUUAACAAUAUAUCGCGGUGUAUAAACGAAUAUACGUAUACAUCGACGAUAAGGAAGCGGCGCCAAGAAGAAAAGAAGAAAGAAAAAAAAAGGAAGCUCGGUGAUGCCGCUGUCGGGGCUUCUGCUAUUAGCAGCAGUAGCAGCAGCAGCAUCAGUAGCAGCAGAAGAAGCAGCUGUGUGAAAAGCCCGUAGAGCCGCCGCGCUCUCCUGUUUGCACCACGCGCUCAUCUCAUUAGAGGGAGAGGAGAAAGGCUACUAAGGGUCUCGAAAAAGCAACGAGAGCUCAACGUCCGAGUUCAAGGAUCGCCGCGGAUAUAAUCCAAAAAUAGAUCAUUCAUCAUCGUGCGCACAGAGGCCUCGGCAGAGUCAUCGGCCAAACGGCAUUAUUACAUCGACAGACGCAUAUGCGAGGGCCGAUGCCUGCUGCAUAGUCUGUCCUGCUGUUGCUGCUGAUGCCGAUGCGGGGAGGAUGCGGCCUGCUGCUGCCGGGGUGCCGCCGCCGCUAGUAGCGCUGGUCACUCGCUGAACUGGUCGCUGCGAAGCCUUUUCCUGCGGGUUGUGCUGCCGCCAGCCGUAUAGCGUAGUAGCUAUAACACCGCUGCGCGUUGUGUGCAGUGCAGCAUACAGCUCUCAGAAAGGCCAGCGCUGCAGCCACCAGCACCGCAACAUGGCUAGGCACAGAGCCAUCGUCAUUGGCAUUUGGGCUGUGUUUGUUUUAGCCCUCGUACAAGAAUCAAAACCCGUGAGCUGGGAGGAAUGGUGGACGUACGACGGUAUCUCGGGUCCGGCGUUCUGGGGCCUCAUCAAUCCCGAGUGGUCGCUCUGCAACAAGGGCCGCCGACAGUCGCCGGUGAACCUCGAGCCGGGCCGGCUUCUCUUCGAUCCGAAUCUGCAGGCGCUGCAUCUGGACAAGCACAAGGUGGGCGGGGUGCUCACCAACACGGGCCACAGCGUCGUCUUCACCGUGGACAACGACACGCGGCAGCCCGUCAACAUAAGCGGCGGACCGCUGAGCUAUCGCUACCAGUUCCACGAGAUACAUCUGCACUACGGCCUGUACGAUAACGUCGGCAGCGAGCACACGGUAGACGGCUACAGCUUCCCGGCCGAGAUCCAGAUAUUCGGCUUCAACUCGCACCUCUACAACAACUUUUCGGACGCGCUGCAUCGUGCUCAAGGCAUCGUGGCCGUAUCCCUGCUACUUCAGAUCGGCGAUCUGUCGAAUCCCGAGGUGAGACUCUUUACCGAGCAUCUCGACAAAAUCACGUAUGGUGGCCAAUCGAUAGAUAUCAAGAGAAUCGGCGUGAGGGAACUGCUGCCCGACACGAUGCACUACAUGACGUACGACGGCUCGACGACGAUGCCGGCCUGUCACGAAACCACCACGUGGAUCAUACUCAAUAAGCCAAUUUACAUAACGAAACAACAGUUACGGAGCUUGAGGGAAUUGAAGCAAGGCGACAAGCGACACCCAAAGGCGCCGCUGGGCAACAACUUCCGACCACCGCAACCCCUACACCAUCGACCCGUCAGGACGAACAUCGAUUUUAACAUUGAGGGCCCAAAGAAUUGUCCAACAAUGAACAGAGAUAUUUACUACAAAGCCAAUAGCUGGAAAUAAAUCCGCAGAACUCAAAGAGAGCAAGAUUGGUAUAUACGGGGGAAAAGCCGACGAAGAAGAAAGCAAAAGAAGGAGAAGAGGAAGAAGGAGAGGCGCGGCGUAGGAAUGAGAAAAAUGGAGAGUCGACGAAACCUUGGGAAAAGCUUCGAUUUACCACUUUGGCACAACCGCAUCGACAUAUACGGCGAAGAAGCGAGCGCAUGAAUGAGAGAAGAAGGAGGAGGAACAAAAAAAAGAGCACGGAAUGCACGGAGUGCGUUUUAUAUUGUGAUGAUUUCAAGCGAGAGAAAGGAUAUACACUUGUAUACGUAUACAGACACACACGUGCGCGCGUAUUGAAACAAUUUCGUUCUUCUAUUGUUUUUUUUUGUUUUGUUUUGUUUUUUAUAUAUACGUACUGUGAGGGAUGACAGCAGACUUGAUACCGACAAAAAUUCAUAUGUGUAUAUACGUAUACAUUCGAACGCACGAUGCACUCAAUGUCUGUCUGUCUAUCUGUCACAUAUACACCCGGAAUAGAGCUCUGGGGCGCGGAGAGAGCGAGCGAGCGAGCGAGAAAGCGAGACAGGGUAUAUAUAUCAAGCGACGCUAAGAAAAGCAAACAUCAGCGACUACUAUACUAUACUGUGUAUACUUUACUACACACAACUUCUUCUGACGCCACCGUUACUAUUACUGCUUCUACUGCUGCUGCUGCUGAUGCUUCAUCCAUAUCUCACUCGCUCGCUAAAAGUUGCUCACUCUCAAUCUCGCGUAUAGCGUUAUGCAUUUGGUUGCUCUCCGCUGGCGCACUGCACACAUUUGUGCAGCCAGCUCGUGUGUUUUUACACGUAUAUGCGUAUGUGUAUUCGAAAGCUGUUGCAAAAUAUUGAAAGCCGAGAACGACGAGAGGUGAGCUUGGUCGCUCGGAUGCGUGCGUGCGCGUAUGUGCGUAAACGGGCUCGAUAGAGGACAUACCAAUACAAUCGACAUAUCAUGCAAAAAAAAAAUAAAAGCUAUAUUAUAUUAUCUGUAUACAAACGCGAGUCCACAAUGCGUGGCUAAAUGGUUGUUGGCGCGAGCUGCUGUUCGACCGAUCUGUACGCGUCGCAUAUAGAAAUAUGUAUAAAUAAAUUAUAUAUAAAUACAAAAUAUAUAUACUUGCUAUCGACUAAAAACAAAACUAUCUCUGUGAAGACGAACAAGAAAGGAAAAAAGCAAAACUAUUAACUAUUAAAUUAUAAUGUAAUAAUAACGAGUUAUAUAAAUAGAUGUGCGAGGGUAUAAAACAAAAAAAAGUAAGGGCUUGCUAUGAUUGUGAAAUAUUUUAAGUAAAAAAAAAAAAAAACAAGAUGACAGAAGCAAAAUUAAAAAUAUAACGUGUACGCGCUGUUAUUAUUAUUCUGAUUAUUGCGUAAAAGGAGAAAUCGCGUGAUGAGCUGUGAUGCCUAUACGUUGUAUACUUAGUCCCUGAUGAAAAUAGCAUAAUAAAAAUAUAUCAAACAUAAUAUGGGAUUUAAAGAUAUACAAAUUAGGAAACAAAAAACGAACGAAAAACUUACCCGUGUGCUAAGCGAGAAUUACUUUUGGGCGAAACGUAGUAGAGUAUUUGAAGCGUAAGGAAGCGAACUAUGGAAGCACGCGAGAAUUAGAAUCUGCAAAAAAAGAAUUGAAAAGAAAGAAGGAAUUAAUAUGUUAUAAUACAAUACCUGCAGACAAAUCACCCAACGAUUGAUACAUCCUAUUUAAAUAUACGUAUUUAAAUGUACUGACUGUAUACGGCUGAAAACACGAAACAAUCAUUCCUUUAUACUUUUAGUGACUUUUGAAUGCAAUGCAAACGAAACGAAAAAUGGUAAACAUGAAUAACACGAAAAUUUAUAUCUGUAUAUUACACACAUACACCUAUACAAGCAUAUGAGCAAAUAAAAACAUAACACACCCACAUACAUUCACACAAAGAUUUCAAAGACAAGCAGCUGCAAACUCUCGAGUUCUGUUAAUUGUACGAAUAUGUGUGCAAGCGUGUUGGUCUAGUGGCUACAUAGAAUACUUUUGUUGAGUCGAGAGAGAAAAGAGAGAGAGAGAGAGAGAGAGAGAGAAAAGAGAGACAAGAUAUGAAGAAACAGAACGAAAAAAAAGAGACAAGUUUUUCACGUUGCGUGAGGUAGCAAAGCAAACAGAAAAACGGAGCGCGUUUUGUCGUUGCACCGUCGACUUAUUAUAGAUGCUGGUACAUACUCGGCUCACUUUUUUUUCCUCUUUCUCUCUUUUUCCUUCUCUCUGGCUCGCAAGCCCAACUUGCUAAUAGAUCACGUAAUAGUUUUGUGUAAAAAAAAUUAAACACUAGAGAAUUGCUCCGAAAUUAAGUUAUAAGAUGAAGUAUAAUGAAGCAACAGAAAAAAAAAUUAACACAGUUCGAUGGACGCUUCAACGCGAUGUUUUAGACUAUAAUGUUACAUAAAUACGAUACAUGAAAAUAUAUUAUAUAUUAAUAUCAUUUAAACACGGUACGAUUAUGAAAAAAGAAAACCGAAGGAAUUAACGUAACUCGCGAUCGAAUGCGAGAAAACAAAGAAUUCAACGAGCGACGUACCGAGGAUGAAUAUAUUAUCAUUAAAAAAAAUGAAAUGACGCAAACUUACGUAAAAUAUAGAGUUAAAAAAUCGCUAUUGACUAUCGGUGGCUUUUGUGCGCCAUAUUAUUACACACGAGGCAGAUUAUUGAUAAAUAAGAUAUGGAACGGAGUCGAGAAAGGAAUGUUACUGUGAAGAACUCGAACCGCUGCGAAGGGCGUCACAUUGUGUCAGUGCACAACUUGUAAAUGAUAAAAGUUUUCGAAUGAUCGUCGAAUGUUCUUGAAACUGCCAAUAUAAAACACAUCGACAUAUGUAACGAACAAUAUAAAUCACAACAUCGGCCCUUUGCCCUUAUACGCGGAAAAGCCGUUAGCGCGUGUAAAAGCGGGACGAGCGCUGGUUUGAAAAUAGCGGAAUGCGUUUACGGAAUGUAAUAUCGGAAACGACGAUGACGACAAAGAUUAAAAAGGAAAACAACAAUAAAGGAAUCGAAAGAGAGAUAUGUGAAAGAGAUGCAAAAAAAGAAGAGAAAAAC